AUGGCAAGAAGUUUUCAUCGAGUUGAAGUUAGAAAUGGAGAGAAUACAUCUUUUUGGCAUAAAACUUGGUCUUCAUCGGGUUGUCUCUCAGAUAUUCUAGGAGAGCGAGUAACUGAUCUUGGUCUUCCUGCUCACACUACAGUUCAAGAAGCUAUGAUGUUCCACAGAAGAAGGCACAGAACAACAAUUCUUAAUAGAAUUGAGGAUGAAAUUGACGAGAGGAAAGCAAAUGCGGAUAAUGCGGAGGAUGUUAGCCUGUGGAAAGGUAUUGGAGGAAAGUACAAGAAGAGGUCUUCAACAAAAACCACUUGGAUGCUACUCAGAGAUCAACAGCCACUGUGUCAAUGGAGCAAAGGAGUGUGGUUUCGACAUUCUACACCUAAGUUUGCUUUCAUGACUUGGUAUGCUCUGAAAAAUCGACUUGCAACAGGGGACCGCUUGCUUCAAUGGGGAGGGAAUGUUGAUGGGAGCUGUAUCUCUUUCAAGAAACUGUCCAUAGCAUAUGGAGAGAAAGAAAUAAAAGGAGACAUGGGGAAGCUCAUUUACACCAGUGCAGCUAGUUAA